CCUGACGACGUGAAAUUCUGGAACCGAGAGAGAGCGAUUAGGAUAAUCGAUUUGGUCAGAGAUGGAGGCAGAGAAGGUAGAAUUGAAGUUGCAUAAUACGAUGAAGCAACAGAAGCAAGUGUUGAUUCCGAUAAACCCUGGUCAGAUCGGAAUGUAUGUCUGCGGCAUUACCGCCUAUGACCUCAGCCAUAUCGGCCACGCUCGCGCCUCUGUUGCCUUUGACGUCCUUUACAGAUACUUAAUGCAUUUGGGUUAUGAAGUUACUUAUGUCCGUAAUUUCACAGAUGUUGAUGACAAGGUGAUCAAAAGAGCUAACGAGUGUGGGGAGAACCCUUUGGAUUUGAGCAAUCGUUUUUGCGAGGAGUAUCUUGUAGAUAUGGCUGCUCUUCAGUGCCUCCUUCCAACCCACCAGCCUCGUGUCAGUGACCAUAUGGAUCACAUUGUCAAGAUGAUAGAAAAGAUCAUUGAGAACGAAUGUGGGUAUGUAGUGGCUGGUGAUGUGUUUUUCUCGGUUGAUAAGUCACCGAGUUACGGUCAGUUAUCUGGCCAACUUCUGGAUCAUACCCAAGCUGGUAAGCGAGUUGCUGUUGAUCCAAGGAAACGCAAUCCUGCUGACUUUGCGUUAUGGAAGGCUGCAAAACCUGGUGAACCAAGUUGGGAGAGCCCCUGGGGUCCAGGAAGACCAGGAUGGCAUAUCGAGUGCAGCGCAAUGAGCGGUCAUUACCUGUCUCCGAGAUUUGACAUUCAUGGUGGUGGUAUCGAUCUGAAAUUCCCGCACCAUGAAAAUGAGAUUGCCCAGACAUGUGCUGCUUGUGAAAACAGUGGUGUGAACUUCUGGUUGCAUAACGGGCAUGUCACUAUCAAUGAAGAGAAGAUGGCAAAAUCAAAGAAAAACUUUAAAACGAUUAGACAAAUCACGGCUGAGUACCAUCCUCUGGCUCUGAGGCACUUCUUGAUGAGUGCACAUUACCGGUCUCCUCUGAACUAUUCUAAGUCACAGCUAGAGAGUUCGUCAGAUUCUUUAUAUUAUAUUUAUCAGACAUUACAAGAUCUUGUUGAAGCUCUGUCUCCAUAUCAAGAGGCAUUAAAAGACGAUAACGGAAAGGCUGAACAGACUUCUGAAGCCAGAGACGUAAUCAAGAAAGUGAAGAGCGAGUUUGAAGCGAAAAUGUCAGACGACUUGAACUCAUCUCCUAUACUCACGGGUGCUUUCCAAGACGCGAUGAAAUUCAUCAACGUUUCAAUCACCAAGCUCAAGAAAAUGCAGAAGAAGCAGCGGAUUUCGUUGGUUGUGUCACUGGUGGAAGUUGAGAAAGCAGUGAGGGAAGUUCUUGAUGUGCUUGGCUUGCUCACGGCAUUAAGCUAUGCCGAGUUGUUGAAAGAGAUGAAACAGAAGGCACUAACAAGGGCAGGAUUGGGAGAAGAGGAGAUUUUGCAGAAGAUAGAAGAAAGAAGAAUUGCAAGAAAGAAUAAAGAUUUCAAGAGAAGCGAUAAGAUUAGAGAGUUGUUGGCAGUUAAAGGAAUCUCCCUCAUGGAUAUUCCUGGAAAAGACACUGUGUGGAGGCCCUGCAUCCCUUGGACCCCUAAGCCAAAAUCCGGUUUAGACAAAACCUUGAUUAUCGGAAUCGGUUUCAUUCUCUUAGGCGUCUUCAUCUAUAGACGUUGAACUGUUUGAGAGUUUUUGGGAUUGAAUGGAAUCUGUAGUUUCUAAUUUUUAGCACAUAAACGAUCAAAUUUGAGACUUUUUGAUGUUGAGAUUUCUAC